UCUGAAUCGCGGGGCAACUAAAUAGUACUGUGUCUGGUUUUUUUUUUUUUCCUUCCUCAGUGGUUCCUCUGCCCGUUUUGAGUUAUCCAUGGGCGCUGAUUGGAGCCCCGACGGGGUCUUGGUCCGCUAGAGAAAUGGUGUCACUCAUUGGGCUGAAACAGCUUGUGUCAAGCACUUGGUAGCGCUUGAUAGGAGAGGAGUCGGGGGCCGCUACAGUACCUGCAAGUUGUUAUCAUGACUGAUCUGAAUUCAAAUUCAAUUGCUGGUUUGCCCCGCCAUCGUCCCAGACCUCCAGUACGACACGCGCCUUGAAUCUGCUAACCCAACGUGCUAACCCCGGUCUAGCCCACGCGUUCGUGACCACUCCAUGCCCAAAUAAAUGCCAUAGAAGCAACCAGUCCGUCACAUUCAGCACUCCGCGAAGCAGCAAAGCAAGAAAGGCUUGAAGGAUAAUCUCUCGGCGGCACUCUCGUCUCAAUGUACGGGGACGCGGGAAACAAACUCGUUCACCAUGCGAAACGAGCGCAACACUUGGCACACCUGCCGCCAUAUCAAACAGAGUUGGUACGAGCCGUGACACGCGAAGUACGCGAUUUAGACAAGGACCUCUCCUCUAUGUUGGACUCCUUCCAGGGCAGCUUUGAGCCACACGCCGAUGAAGCCAAGUCAUGCACCAUGCUGGUGAAUCACCUCUCCAUGCGGAGGGACAAGCGGUGCCUGCUUGCCUACCACCGUACGCGGACCGACAAGCUCGAGGAGCUGGUUUGGAAAGGCGAGGACGUUGUAGAUCUACCCGGACAACAGGUCUCAGCCAAUCAAGGGCUCGGCGACACUGGCUCAAGUAGCUUGAGUCCGCAAGAGGAGGAUUAUGUCAGGCAAUAUAGUGACCUACUGGCGGCGUACAAAGGUCAAUGGACUGACAUUGACCUCACUGGUAGUCUUGAGCCGCCUCGGGACCUCUUCAUUGAUGUUAGGGUCCUGAAAGAUGCGGGUGAGAUUCAAACAGAGUAUGGUGCCAUCACAUUGACUAAGAACAGUCAGUUCUACGUCAGGCAAGGUGAUGUUGAACGCUUGAUAGCCCAGGGAUAUCUUCAGAAGCUAAGCUGAGCACGCGAUGGAGCACGUACAGAGCUAUUCCCGAGGGCAGAUCCUAUGGCCACGAGCGUGCAUACACCCGACCACCACCCUAGGAAAGCUGCACCCGGGCAACGAUGCAACCCUGGCAAUUUCAACGGCAAAAUGACCCCAGGCCACAAACGCGGAGAUCCCCCGGCAAGCGCUCUCACGUCCGGCGCCGUUAGCUGUCCAAACAGAUUCCUGGUCCGUGGUCUGCCCAUUGGACCACAACGCACCAAGUCUGUACGGCAAGUAUAUGCAACUAUGCCAAGUGGUGGCCGCAAAGGCCCACGGCGGCUAGUGAGCUUCACAG